AAGUUUUUCUUUCUGCUCCCAAAUUGCAAUCUGAGUUGAAUCAUCUGUAUGAUCAUUCAUGCAAGUUUAUGUUCCUGCACUGUUUUUGGAACUUGUUAUGAUAGCGCAUAAUUUUACUACUUCAUAAGUUUUGCUGAACUUGUGGAUCAAUGGCGUUUGAGACUAGUCAGGUGCAGAUGUAUCCAUCUGAUGAUGAUGACAUGUACUCAGGAUUCAAUGAGUAUCCAUCAGCUUUGAGCACAAAAGAUAUAGAAACAGAUGAGAUAUUUCAGGAAGCUCUCAGGUCUUCAUUUGCAAAAAAACCGGGAAUUCUCACAAAACCGAACACUGCUAUGAGAUUUGGAACUUCAAGACUCACUAGUGCACUGGGUCGUACUGAAACUGCCAUCACUUCAACAGCUCGUCAGUCCACAGUUGGUGCCGGUAUUUUAUCCGAAACAAUCAUGCGACCAAUGACAGCAGUGAGAGGUGCUGGAUACACAUCUCAGAGACAAAGCACAGCUAUGUUUGAUCCCCUGAAUCAAGCUCAAACCAUGACUGAACCUACUAUCGCACAAGAAGAGUCUGACAGGCCUGAAGACAAAAUCAAACAAAUGGAGCGACGCAUCACAGAGUUGAUUGAUGAAGCUUGUCUGGCAGAAAAUAAGAACGAUUUCAAAACCGCUUUAGCCAAAGCAAAGGAGGCCUCUGCGCGUGAGCGUAGUCUCAUUCGAAUGCAAGAACAAGCUGGUCUUAGUGACUCACACAAUUUGGACCUUACUUUUUUGGUUCUGUUCAAUCUUGCUUGUCAGUAUGCUUCAAAUAAAAUGUAUACUGAGGCUCUAAACACCUACCAAGUAAUCACAAGAAAUCGUAUGUUCACCAAUGCCAAUAGAUUAAAAGUCAAUAUGGGCAAUAUUUAUGUUCACCUUGGACAAUAUCAGAAGGCUAUUAAAAUGUAUCGAAUGGCUCUUGACCAGGUUCCAAACACACACAAAGAUCUCAGGGUCAGAAUAAUGCAUAAUAUUGGAAUUCUCUUCGUCAAAUUGGGCCAGUUUGAUGAUGCUUGUACAAGUUUUGAAUACAUAAUGCAAGAGAAACCUGACUUCAAAGCUGGUCUGCAUGUGAUUCUAUGCUAUUAUGCUGUCGAGAAUAAGGAGCGAAUGAAAGAAGCUUUCCAAAUGCUGCUAGCUGUUCCGCUUCUCAUAGAUGAUGACGACAAAUACGCAGUCAACAACGAGGAUGUCAAUGCCAGUUUGCUUGCUGAAGUAGUACGAAAUGAUUCACUGACGGUUCUUGAACGCCAAAUGAAGCAAGAGGCUGAAAAAUGUAUUUUAACUGCUGCCAAACUGAUUUCGCCUGUUAUUGGAGAUUCGUAUUCGGCCGGCUAUAACUGGUGUCUGGAUGCCAUCAAAAGUUCCUUGUAUGCACCACUCGCUGGAGAUCUAGAAAUUAACAAAGCCAUCAGUUUUUUAUGUCAAGGAGAAAUCCCUCAAGCGAUCGAUUCACUGAAACUUUUUGACAAACGCGAAAGUAAAGUCGCCAGUGCUGCGCUGACCAAUUUGUCCUUCAUCUAUCUUCUUCAAGGAAAUGUUGAAGAGGCAGAAAAAUCGAGUGAGGCUGCUUACGAAGCAGAUUGUUACAAUGCCAAUGCGUAUGUCAAUCUUGGUAACUGCGCGUUGACUCGAAAUGACAUGAAUCGAGCCAGGCAACUUUACGCUACUGCCCUAGAGAAUGAUUCAACUUGCAUUCAAGCUCUUUUUAAUUUGGGAUUGAUCCAUAAGCAAAAUGGUGAUUACAGUGAAGCUGUUGAUUGUUUCAUGAAACUAAGUGCAAUCAUGUCCAAUCAUCCUCCGGUUUUGUAUCAGCUGGGUCAUUUACAUCAGUUGCUACGUGAUCCAGAUCAGGCCGUAGAGUGGUAUUUGCAACUCUUAUCAAUCGUUCCUACUGACCCAACCGUUUUGCUAAGACUAGGAGAAAUUUUUGAGGCUGAAAAUGACAAACAGCAGGCGUAUCAUUAUUACUUUGAGUCCUAUCGUCACUACCCCUCGAACCUCCGAGUCCUAGACUGGUUAGGAUCCUACUAUCUGGAGCUACGUGUUCCAGAGAAAGCUGUGGGCUAUUACGAAAGAGCUGCUCUUUUGCAGCCAUUAGAACCCCGCUGGAAGUUGAUGAUUGGAUCCUGUCAUCGCCACUCAGGAAAUUAUCAACUUGCCUUACAAACAUAUAAAGACGUUCAUCUACAGUUUCCAGAAAAUGUUGAUUGUCUUAAAUUCUUAAUCCGACUCUGCAACGGACUUGGGCUGAAAGAUGGAGCUCAUUAUGCAACUUUACUUAAGAAAGUUGAAAAAUCAAAAGAAGUACGCGAAAGAAUCAGUAGUGGUCGAUCAGGAUCAAGGAGAGGUAGCGCGCGAUCUUCUCAAAGCGGUCAGAGCCCUCAAUCUGCUUUAAUAGAUUACCAGUCACCUGUUCCACCAUCCACUGCUCCCAGAUCUAAAUUUCCGACUUCAGAAACAUUUCAGAAUUCAUUUACUCCAGCAUCAAGAGGCAAUGACACAAGUUAUGAUGAUCCUUUGGGGCCUUUACCUGAAAGACCAAAAACAUCAGCAGGUUCAAAAUUCAAGUAUCAAAAUACAGCAGCAGAUGAAUUUGCUGACGAUGAUUUUGCAGUUGACGAGUUGUUACCUGAAUAGAAAUGAAGACUGUAACCGGUCAUCCUGGGAGAAAUCUCUCGUCUUACUCAUUUUGUACAUAAUUAAAUUAGCAUUCCUUCAUCAGAUCACUUAAUUUUUCUUAAUAAAAUGAACAAGAAAUAAACGCGAAAAACUUAUUAAUUCUUAAUUUUCCUACUGAAAGACUUUGAAAGUGCGUAUCUAAUAAUUUUUUGAUCCAUUCGAGCUCGAUUACUUCUCAAGAGAGUUUUUUUAUCUUAUUUUAAUUGACUUUUUAUUAAAUUUCAAAAUGGCUCCCGUCACUGCCGAGCUGCUCGAUCAGCACUGCUCUGAAGUCAAACCCCUAAAACUGGAGAACAAAUGGAAGGCGGAGCAGGU